GAAAAACAUCAACGCUCAAACCUGUACGGCUUCACGACACGAGAGUUGACCGAGCUAGAUUGCAUGCCAACGCGGGAAGUGAAGCCGGCUGAUGUGCAGUCAUACAUCAUACCUCUGCUGCAACGGCAGACGUGGGAGACGGUUCCUGUCCAACCCGAUUUUCAAAGAACGCGGCUAUAUCCAUUGAAGAAUGGAAAUGGAAAUUGGGUAGCUUCGAAUGAUGUAGUAUGGCAAGUAAUGGAGCCUUGUGUUCGAUUAGCAUCACAGACAUUGAUGUCUGCACAUUUGCUUCCUUGGGUA